UUAGCGAAGCGAUCGAAACAGUUGAGCGUUCCAUAUUACACUCGAACAACACUACGCACGUUCGCGCGCGUUACACAGCUAUCGCGGCAACGGAUUCGUGACAAGGUUUAAAAGAGUUCGAAAGAAGUUAAGAUGGCGGAUAAUUCACAUUCUAAAAUUGAAGAUAACCCGAAGAUAUUAUCGGGCCCGGUGCUAACCAACUCUCCCAAUGCGGUUCUGUCGAAGACCCUACUGGGAAGGUACUACGACCUCCCGCUUCCCGAGGACAGGAUCCUGGCGACGUACAUCUGGAUCGAUGGAACUGGCGAGCAUCUGCGGUGCAAAGACCGCACGCUGAACUUUAUCCCUAAAGCCCCGAAAGAUCUACCGAUUUGGAACUUCGAUGGCAGCUCUACUGGACAGUCAGAUGGACAUAAUUCUGAUACCUUCUUGUACCCUCGUGCCUUGUACAAAGACCCCUUCAGGCGUGGAAACCACAUCCUCGUCAUGUGUGAUACAUAUAAGUACAACAUGGAGCCAACGGAAACCAACCACCGUCUCAAAUGCCAGGACGCUUACGACAAGUGUAAGGAGGAUGAGCCUUGGUUCGGUAUUGAACAGGAGUACAUCUUGCUGGACUCUGACUUGCGACCCUUCGGAUGGCCCCCAGGCGGCUUCCCCCCACCACAGGGCCCCUACUACUGCGGUGUUGGCGCAAACAAGGUGUUUGCCAGGGACCUGGUUGAGGCUCACUACAGAUGUUGUCUUUUUGCUGGCAUUCCCAUUUGCGGAACUAAUGCUGAGGUCAUGCCUUCCCAAUGGGAGUUCCAAGUGGGUCCCUCUGUGGGCGUCAACGCUGCCGACGAUCUCUGGGUAGCUCGCUACCUGCUGCACAGACUCGCUGAAGAGUACGGUGUCAUUGUCAGCUUCGACCCUAAGCCAGUGCAAGACUGGAACGGAUCCGGAGCUCACACCAACUUCUCUACCAAGAAGAUGCGUGAAGAAAAUGGUAUUAUUGAAAUCGAGAAGGCCAUCGACAAGCUGUCUAAAGUGCACAUGAAGCACAUCAGAGUCUACGAUCCUCGCGGAGGAAAAGACAAUGAGAGGCGGUUGACUGGUCUUCAUGAAACAGCCAGUAUUAACGACUUCAGCGCCGGUGUCGCUAACCGCGGCAGCAGCAUCAGGAUACCGCGCUCGGUAGCCGUGGACAAGAAGGGCUACUUGGAGGACCGCCGGCCGGCCUCGAACUGCGACCCGUACGCCGUGGUGGACGCGCUCAUGCGCACCUGCAUACUCAACGAAUAACAGUGGCGCCCCCCGUGCCCGCCCACUCCUGCGACACGUGUCAGCUAGCAUCCGCAUACAAGUCAAUCCGUCUAUUAAGUUUGUGCCUCGUUGCCAACGCAAGCUGUGUUUGUAUUAACGGUACCUGCACCAUAUGUGCUUUAUAAACCCUCUUCCAUUUAGCAAUAUGUCUAACACAAAUAGCAACACCAAGUUUUAUAUAGAAAUUUACCUUAUAAAAUAGUUAUAUUCAUUAGAGGAGACAAAUCGAAUAAUAAAACAUGGCCUAAAUGUAUUCAUUAAAAUAGGAUAUUCAAUUUACAUUAACUUUACAAACUGAAAACUAAUGAUAAUAAUUAAACCGACACGUGAUAGAGGUAGUGCGUUUUAAAGGACCAUAUAAGAUAUUAAUAUAUUGUAUAAGUAGGUAAAUAUUUCUACGAAUAUUAUGUGAUAUUUAAAAUUUGUUAUUUUGAUGUUAAAUAGUUUAAUUGUAUACAAAUAACCACAUAUCAUUAUUUUUAACAUAUUCAUUUAUUGCAUAGAUGAAAAUUAGAUGUAGAAACGAAUAACCUUAAUGAGAAAAUAUGUUGCUUGACAUAAUAUAUACUAACAGGAGAAUUUUUAAUGAAUGACCGGGCAAUUAAUGUUAUUGCGUUGAGAAUCUACCAAUAUUAUAAUGUUACGGCAGUUAGUUAUUUAUGCAAUAACCCAAUUGCAUAUUUAGAGUUUAAUGUUACGAGCAACCGCAGAAGCCUUUAAAAAGUUCAAGCACUUAGGAAAUAUGUCUAAACGUGAACACCAUACAUCGUGUAGAGCACAAAAUAUUAUAUUCCUAUUGUCUGAAUAAAAUUGUUUACGCUAUUAUAUGUAUGAGAUCUUUAAAUUGUUUUGCAUGCAUCGGAAAUUGGUAUGAAUUAACAAAUUGUGAAUGUAUAAGAAAUGUUGUUAUAUUAAAUAUGAGAUAUUAUAAAAAAUAAAGAUACUAUGUUGUACUAA